CAGAGGGGAGAGGACAGUGAAGAGAGAGGGAGAGAGACAAGGCAGCGUGUGAGGGGCUGCUGUGGCUCAGAAAUAAAAGUCUGGCAACUAUCUGGAGCAGCAUGACUCUCCUAACACUUGGAUUGUAUCUGCCACUGUGGUUCUGUUAUGGCCUGGCCCAGGCCUCUGUUCUGGACAGCUUUGUUUCAUUCUCAGCAGCUCUCAGGUCCCAGGAGCAGCAGAAGAGAUUCAGCCCGUGCUGUUUACUGAGCCCACCUCCGCCCCCACUCUUUCCUCCACCCCCUUCACUUUGGCGCCACCACGCUCAUAAUGAAGGCGUUUCAAAUAAUGGUGCUGGGACUGAGCUGCGCAAUGUGGACAAAGGUUCUGCCUGCGUCCGAGCCCCCCCUGGGCCUGCUGGUCCUCCUGGACCUCAGGGCCCCCCUGGAUUACCUGGGAUAGGAGGAUUUAAGGGAGAAAAGGGAGAAAUUGGAAGACCUGGGCAAAAGGGGCGGACGGGUCCUCAGGGACUUCCUGGGAAGCAGGGACCAGCUGGAUGGCCGGGACCAAGCGGGCCCAAAGGCGAGAAAGGCGACCCGGGGCUGAUGGGUUUGCCUGGAGCCAGAGGACCAAUUGGGCCGAGGGGUUUACAAGGGUUUAAAGGGGAAAAGGGCUCCCGAGGUGAUCGUGGCGAGAUCGGAGUGAAAGGCGACAAGGGCGCAAUGGGUUUCCCAGGAAUGCUUGGACAGAAAGGCGAAAUGGGUCCAAAGGGAGAACCUGGAAUCUCAGGGAACAGAGGACCCACGGGCCGACCCGGGAAAAGAGGCAAGCAGGGAGUCAAAGGGGACACGGGCAGUGUUGGUCCUAUGGGACCUGCAGGCCCUCAGGGGCCCCAAGGUCACCCUGGCCCUCCUGGUUCACCUGCCACAGGUGUUUACAUGGUUGCAACAAAGGGAGCACGUGGUCCACCGGGGCCUGCUGGGAAGUGUAGCUGCGGCUCUGUCAGCAGCUCUUCAGUUGAUGAUUAUUCCCCCAAAGGAAACUAUCUCCGAGUACCAGCGAUAUUCGUCGUAAGCAACGAGGAGGAACUGGAGCGCCUUCACACCGAUAACGCUCUCGCAUUCCGCAAGGACCAGAGAUCUCUUUAUUUCAAAGACGUUGAUGGCUGGCUGCCAAUCCAGACUUUCCCAUUCCAGCUGACUCCGUUCCAGUCCAUGGAAAACGCACCCGACGACGACGGUUACUGUGGCGACGGGAUGGUGCAGGUCUCCAGCGGGGAGGAGUGCGACGACAGAAACCGAGUCGUCACCGACGGCUGCGUCAAGUGUCGACACGCGUACUGUGGAGACGGCUAUCGCUAUGACGGGGCCGAGGAGUGCGAUGGAAAGGACUUCGGAUACCAGACGUGUAACUCAUAUCUUCCUGGGUCAUACGGUCAGCUCAAGUGCACACGAUUCUGCGUUAUUGACUCCACGAACUGCAAGUACUUCACUUGAGGAGGAAGCUGGACAGCGUAGCGGGAUCCUCCGUGUGCUGUUUGCUCGACACACUGCAGGAAUAUAUAUCCAUACACACACACACACACACACACACACACACACAAAUAUAAAUAAUAAUAACGCUCCAAGCGAAGAGACUCUGAAGAGGAAGCCAACUGAAUGUAUGACAAAAGAAAAACACAAACAUUCGUAUAUAUAUAUAUAUAUAUAAAAAUAAAUAACUGUAUUGCUGCUGAGAUGCCACGUGGCUCCCCCGGAGGUAUGGAGUCGAUCGACUUUAACCCACGACAUGAGACAAUUGCACGGGACAACUGCAGCCCGUCACCACGGGCCCGGUCGGACCGGACUCGGCACGUGCACGUGACGGCUGAUGAGCCGGACGCGCGCGGGACCGUGCGCAGGACGCGCGCGGGACCGUCACUCUCCGAACACGUGAGCCUGUGCACUCUCAUCAUCAUCAUCAUCAUCCCAUCGGCGCAGGGCUCAUUGUGAGGCGAGGUCAGCGCGUGUGCUUCGGAGAUCGGGUGGUGAUAUUAAGACCGGACGUCAUUGCCCGGUGACGGGGACACGUCAGAGUACUUCUCAGGAACCAGCAGGUGUGAUGUAGCGCCACACGGCACCGUGCACGGGCGGUCCUCCAGUGACUGUGCACCGGGCCACACAGGCAACUCAAACCAGAGCCGAUCAAGCUCCUUCCCUGUGCUCCGACGACACAUGAAAUAUACUGUAUGUGAAGGCUUGAAACUGUUACGUUCUUAAUUUUUCUGACUGCACAGGGGAGGCUGGAAUAGUCUGUAGCUGCUACUGGGGGGGGGGGGGGGGUUUCAAUUCCACCCUCCUUGGUCAUUACUGUAUUUACUCUAUUACCUCUUUAUCCAGUCGUUCUGUCUUACAGUAUAUACAGAGAAACUCAACAGUAAACUUAACAGUGUAGGUGUAGUCUGCUGUGUGCUGGGCACCAAUAGUGAAAACGACUUUGCCGAUAUAAGCUGACAUUUUCCAUAAGCUACUGUAUCAGUCACAGUGCCAAGGGAGAGCGUUUUUUCUUCUCAGACAUACUUAGGUGUAGUCAGGUGUUAUGAAGCGAUUCUUCUGUAAUAGAUAAAUAGAUAAAUAAAUAAAGCAAUCGAAAGAUAAAGACUGUUACUAUAUUGGGUCCGCAUGCUUUGUGGUACCGUGCUAAUGAUUUGUGAAACCAGCCCCAUUCUGUUUCUGUGAAUCCCCGUGGUCGUCCGCAUGUACAGCCGGUGUCUUGAGAACACGACGUUUAUGAUAGUGAUGAAUUAUGCACAGGGCUGAAACCCUGUCAGGAGACGUGUGUUGACUGUUGUGCUGCUGUGCUGUAUCGUAACUGUUACUGUGAGGCCUUUUUAAAAAAUACAUAUAUAUUAUUCACUGUGACUGGGAUAGUGAAGAGUUCAUUUUUCGUUUCAUUGCCUCUGAUAUGAUUUUUACAGUAGCUGUAUAAAAAGAAAGUGGAAAAAUAAAACGGGUAACUCGA